AUGCGGCGACGCGUGCCUCGAACGAUCGGAACUGUGGUCGCCCUGCUGCUGUGUUACGACACGUCGUUUGCCGGCGGUGUGCUACUGGCCGGCAUGGUCGACGACGACGGCUACGACUCCAUGAGUCAGCAACUUCAGGACGAAACAACGUGGAACAACACGGUUCACAUGUCCGUACUCCUACCGGGCAACUCGUCGUACCUGUUCUCCCUCGCCCGAGUGCGGCCUGCCGUCGAACUGGCCGUGUCCUGGUCGUCUCGCGAGUACGGCUGGCAGUUUCGCGUCACGUACCGGGACUCUGGCUGCCAGUCUCCACUGGCGACGAUGCACGCGGUGCGAGACCACGCGCGCGGCGCGGCGCACGUUUUCGUGGGGCCUGCAUGUGACUACGCGGCCGCUUCGGUGGCACGCUUGCUCAAGUUUUGGCGCUUGCCGAUGGUGACUGCGGGCGCACUGGCGUACGACUUCUGGGACAAGGUGCACGAAGGCAGCGAGUACUAUCUGAUGACUCGAGCCGGGCUGUCCUUCUCUGGUCUCUGCCAGGGGUUCCUGGGGCUUUGCCGUCGCUUCGGCUGGCGUCGCAUGCUCAUCCUCUUCGAGUCCGAGGCGCGAAAGGAGUCGCACGGAGACGACUACUGCUUCCUGUGGGCCAAGGCCAUGGCGCAGUUACUUCGAAACUCCUCGGAUAACUUUGAGUUCGAUGGAGUGAAGCUGGACAAAAGGACACCGAUAAAGCAGCAGAUCAUUAAGGCAGCUUCCACAAAAUGGUCCAAUCUGUUCAACGGACUCAAGUUUUGA